AUGGAGUCACACACCGGGCCCAUCUUCGAUGAGGCCCAAUAUCGCACCGAUGUCCUCCACCACCCCUCCCCGGAAUCCGAGGCAGCGCAGGCGCAGCACCUAGCCGAGGAGGCUCAACAACUGGGUCUGAAAGUGCCAGAGAUCGCAGCUUCUGCGCCACUGGCCGCCUCGAUCGCCUCAGGAAUGGUCGAUCUUUCCUCGCCAGUCCUGUCUUCUGGAUCGUCGACCGAUCGGAAUUCUGUGUGCGGCUCCGUCACCCCGUCCCACGAGCCGUCCUCCCCCGUGCCAUCCGUGCUCGAUGAUAUUGUCUCCUCGCUGUCGGAUGUCGCGCUUUCCUCGGAUCGCAUCAAGACUGGCAGUACGCGAUCGCUGGCUUCGCUGUCUACGCGCCCGACUUCGUUUUGCUCCAGUGAGGGGAGAACAGGCCUUUUAGCGCCGGGGUAUAAUGAUCCGUUUGCCAACUUGCAUCGGCAUUCAAUUCUCAGCGUCGCGUCGGACGACAAGAAGGGGAGGCGACGGAGCAGCUUCAAGUCUGCUAUCGGGAGGAUUAAUUUCCGCAAGAAACGCACGUCCUCGGCCAUUUUCUUGCCUUCGGAAGAUCGCAUAACUGUAUCCACGAGCGACAAAGACCUUGAACAUGUUUUCUUCGAACCCAAGCCGGAACCUGUCAUUGCUGCCCAUGAAAAUGUUAUACCCCACGCGAGCAAUGAGGUAACACUUCCCCGGUUGGAAAUACCUCGGUUCAGCAAAGAAGAACUACAAAGAAGUCUGGAGGAUCCGGAUUUAAGCGAGAUGCAUGAGCGGCAUCAGAUGGAAAGGAACCGACAUCUCGCUUUCCAACACGCCGCUCUAAGUACCCUCCGGCGUCGGCACCAGACCGCUGUCUCGGAGCAACAGUCUGACAAUCAGCGCCAGGAGGAUGAGAAACGCGAAAAGAAUAUCCAAGCUAUAGCCCAAAUCGAAGAGCGACAGCUGGCGGUAGAAAUCGAACAGCAACGCGAGUUCGAUCGCGCCAAAAUGAACUCGCGCACCCGCAUCAAGCAUAUGGAAGGAUAUCUCCGCAAUGCCAGCCCGCCGCCAUCUCCCGCCGGAACACUGAUCAGAGCCGAACGAUCCGAACGAUCCGAACGGUCAUCGGAAUCUCUCUCGGAAUCCGACUCUACCGCGCCAGCUCGUGUGCUCACGCGCCGACACAUGGAGCAGCUAGAACAACAAUACCACUCCCACAAGACCAUGGACCAGCUCCAUCACGCCCGCAUCAAAGUCCUCCGUGACCGCCAAGAGCUCAAGCUCCAGGAAGCCACCGCGCGUAUGGAAAAAGAACUGGAUGAAAUGUGUAAACGACACAUCAAAGAUGCUGCGGCCUUGCAGCUCGAGCACCAACGAGAAGUAAACUCUCUCAUGCAAGCUCUGGAAACGAAGAAGACGACUCUACGGCACCGUUGGUAUUUGGAAGAGGCUGUGCUACGUCGGCAUCUCGAGGUGCGACAUGGCCAGUCAUAUGGUCCUUUGCCGCUUGUCGCUUUCACUACCCCCAAUACCCCCAUUUCUGUUAAGGAACGCUCACCACUAGAAACUUCAACCCCCGAUUCAACCCCCGAUACAAUCCAUCCCAAGGAUUGUGUGCCUCUCUAA